GCUAUCCCUAAGUCUUCUGAAAAGAUUUGUUUACUAGUCAAGAGAUGGUUUCCGGCAAGAAAAGCACAUUUGUGUGUGUCUCUUGUAUUUCGCCUGCUAAGGCACUUGUCAAGAAAACCGAUGGAAAUUUUAUCAAGCUUCUGGAAUGUCCAUCUUGUGGGGCAUUAGUAGACAGAUAUGUGGAAUGUGAGAGGAGCAUUAUAUUUAUGGACAUGAUACUACAAGAUAUUACAGUUUAUAGACAUAUCCUCUACAAUGCAGACAAUUUUGCUUCUCAGUUCUACAUAAAGCUGGCAGUGUCCCUAAUUCUGAGCGAAGGAUACGUUCGCUGGAGUAACCUUGCCCAGAAUCUUCCUACUGGAAAUGGAAUUAUGAACAAUGAGGUUUAUAUGUAUAUCAUGUGCUUCAUGGCAUUUGUGGAACUUGGGAUGUUUGGAGCGGUAAUUUUGGGAUACUCCUAUGUUAAGCAUUCUCGCAA